AGUGUUUCUGGGUUCAGAAAACAACACAGACCACUCACAAAAAUGUUGAAGCUGGUGGUGUUGUCUUGCUUUUUGGCGGCGGCUUCCGCAUCGGCCGUUGUCGGUCUGGCUCCUUUGGCGUACGCCGCGCCUCUGUGGCAGCCGACCAACUACCGCGGACCGCUGUCGCUGGCUCCCGGCCAACCCGCCAACAUCUUGGCUGCUGAUGGCAGGCCUCUGGACACUCUGGAAGUGAACUUGGACCGCUCUGCUCACUACACUGCCAAAGCCUUCAAUGGAUUACACUUGUUGAAGAAGCGGUCGGUCGCUGUCGUCGGACCUCUCGCCACUCCUUUGGCUUACGCCGCUCCUUUGGCUUACGCCGCGCCCUACUGGCAGCCAUACAACUACCGUGGCCCACUUUCCCUGGCUCCCGGACAGCCCGCCAACAUCCUCGGCGCUGACGGCAGGCCUCUUGACACCCUGGACGUCAACUUGGACCGCUCCGCCCACCUCACCGCUAAAGCUCUGAGUGGUGCACACAUCCUCAAGAAGCGCUCCGCGACCAUCAUUGCCCCCAUCAGCACUGUGGCCGUCGCCAGAGCACCACUGAUCGCCUCCUCCUACGCCAGCGCUAUCCCUUGGGCGCCCUUCAGAACCAUCUCAUACGCAACCCCCGUCACUCACUACCUUUAUAAAAGACAAACGCAAUUUUCGGAGCGGCAUCAGUGUUUCAUAACAGCACAGACCACUUGCACAAUGUUUAAGUUGGUGGUGUUGUCUUGCGUGUUGGCGGUGGCGUCCGCCUCGGCAGUUUUUAGCAGCUACGUUUCGCCGAUAGCUCCCUUGGCGUACUCUGCACCGUUGUACCAGCCCUACAACUACCGCGGACCUCUAUCUCUGGCUCCAGGUCAACCCGCCAACAUCUUGGGCGCUGACGGCCGGCCUCUUGACACCUUGGAUGUAAACCAGGAUCGCGCUGCUCACUUCACCGCUAAGGCACUCGACAGUGGAUUCCACCUUUUGAAGAAACGGUCCGUAGCUGUCGUCGCUCCUUACGCUGCCCAGCCGAUUCUCUCCUACGCGGCUCCAAUCACUCCCUAUGCUACUUCCUAUGUAGCUCCUUUGGCCUAUUCUACGCCAUACGUGCAGCCCUACAACUACCGCGGCCCACUAUCGCUCGCUCCCGGACAGCCUGCUAACAUCCUCGGCUCCGACGGCAGGCCUCUUGACACCCUCGACGUCAACUUGGACCGCUCCGCUCACCUCACUGCCAAGGCUCUUAGCGGUGCGCACAUCCUGAAGAAGAGGUCUGUUGCUGUCGUCACCCCCGUCAGAACUAUCGCCGUCGCCAGGACGCCACUGAUCGCCUCUUCUUACGCUUACACGCCAACAGCUUUCUCUGCUUCAUACUACAACCCAAUCUCUUACGCGGCUGCUACACCUUUCGCUCACUACCUGUAAAUUAUGUUUUACUUUUGAUCGACCAAUGCAACAAUGAAUUAUUAUUGUUAUUUUUAACAACUUGUUUUGAUAGUUU